AGCCGUUUUCAGAUCCAGCGCAUACAGUACAUUUAUAAGGAAAUGGAAGGACAGAUAGUUGAUUACGUGAUGCUGUAUGUUAAGGUCAUAACUUAAGCUUAGCGAAGGGAGGACUGUGUUCAGUGUUCCAAGUUAUCUUGGAAAUGUUCUUUUUUAGUUAAAUUAUUAUCACUUCUCCGUUUUGUUUUUGCAGCACCCAUUGGAUUUUGGCGUUUUGCUUUCAAGAUUUUGUCUCUCUUUUGCAACGUUUCGGUGAUUUCAAAUGACUUAACCAUGCCAAAUCACCUCACUUCCCCUUAAUCAAAACUGGGUCCAUUAGGUACAUCUUAUUACAAUGGGAUAAAUGUUGUGUGAUUUGUGGCGAUAUAUUGAGUGCGAGCUGGUAUUGUGUUUGAUCAAAUGCCUGACUGAAUACUGGUUUCUUGGACAAGUGUCGUUUGGGUUCGGAGGCAAUGAGGUUGGUCUUUAGGACGCAUAAGGUGUGUAGAGUUGCAUGUGACUUUCUAAUGGUUAUGCUUAGGCAGACUGUGAAAUGUGAGUUUGAGUUGUGUAGCUCUUGUUGUGCUUCAGUUCUUGGUAUGUUAGUUUCUCAAUGGCAUCCCCGUUGUGGGGAAGAUCUGGGGCAUCAAGGAAUACGUUGCCUGAAUCUAUGUGCUUCAGUUCUAAAUGGCAUUCUUUUAUUUAUUUGAUUCUUGUAAAUUAUGUGCUUUGUCGAUUUCUGACCAUGGGAGACUGUUCCAUGGUGUAUCUCUGAAGGAUGGUUUUAAUAUGAUGACGUUGCGGGUAGUAAAUUAAGAUCAAGCUUGCAGAAUCGUAGGUAAACGUUGUUAAAGUUGGUAUCUGCCCGUUUAUGUUUUCACACAUGAAGUUAAAAUCUGAUUAAAUAAAGAAGAGUGGUGUAGCAUCACAGAUUUAGAAGGAGCCUCCAAUUCACCAAUUACUGUUACCAGGCACCAACAUGGCCCAACAGAAUCACUCUACACCGAUGCAGCCCCAAAAAGGCACUAAGAUUAAUAUUAUUUUAACAUGACAUCAUAUGAAUUUGGACCAUGAAGAAAACAAUGUGCAGAUCCUGUUCCAAUGACUGCCCAGCUUUCUGCUGCAGGUGGCUAUAUGGUUGGAUUUGAUGUUUUCCUUACUCAUCUGAGUGUCUUCCUUGUACUUUAUUGGUUUAUGACCAGAUCUCAAAAUCUAGAAUUAUUGGAUUUUGACCCAGAAAUCGAGAGAACCUUUAGAAGACGUAGAAGAGAAAGACGAGUAAGACAAAAAGUUGCCAUGGAAGAUAACAUCAACAAUCAUCGAGCUCUUCGUGAUUAUGUUGUACCUACUGCACAUGAUGGUUAUUUUAGUGUAGUGAGGCCCGCUGUGGUUGCUAACAAUUUUGAGAUUAAACCUUCUAUUGUUCAGAUGGUGCAACAAAACCAAUUUGGAGGGUUAGAAAAUGAAGUUCCACACGUCCACCUGUCACGUUUCUCUUAUAUAUGUGACACCUUCAAAAUGAAGGGGGUUUCUGAAGAUGUAAUCAAAUUGAGGCUAUUUCCAUUUUCUUUGAAGGAUAGGGCAACAUCUUGGUUGGAUUCUAGGGCACCUGGUGCAUUCACUACUUGGCAAGCACUUUCUGAAGCUUUCCUUGCAAAAUACUUUCCACCUGGUAAAAUAGUCAAAUUAAGAAAUGAGAUUGCCACUUUUUGCCGAAGGGAUGAUGAGUCUUUAUAUGAAGCUUGGGAAAGGUUCAAAGAUCUACAGAGACAAUGUCCCCAUCAUGGUUUGCCUGACUGGAUAGUUGUUCAAACUUUCUAUAAUGGUCUUUCUCACUUGUUGAAGAGUAUUUUGGACGCAGCUGCUAAUGGGUCAUUAAUGGGUAAAACAUUUGACGUGGCUUUGCACUUGAUUGAAGAAAUGACUUCCAAUAGUUGUCGAUGACCUAAUGAUAGAGCUAGCCAAAGAAGACAUUUGAGAGUGCAUGAAGUGGAUGGAAUUACUAUGGUGAAUGGUAAGUUGGAUGCAUUGACAAAGAAAUUGGAGAGAUUAGAUAUGAAGGUUGUAAGAACUUCUAGUUGUGAGAAUUGUGGAGGGGAUCAUGCGAGCUUUGAAUGCCAAAUGGGUACCCACUAUGCAUAUGAGCCUACAAAUGAGCAAGUGAAUUUUCUUAAUUACAACCAAAGGGGACAGGGUAAUCCUUACUCAAAUACAUAUAACUUAGGUUGGAGGAACCACCCAAACUUCGCAUGGUCCAACCAAGCUAAUACUUCUAAC